CCGGAGUCCCCGCGGCAGGCGGCGGCGGCGGAGGGGCGGAGGGAGCCCGCGGCGGCGGCGGCGGCGGCGGCGGCUGCAGCGGCGAAAUGGCGGAGACCGUGGCGGACACCCGGCGGCUGAUCACCAAGCCGCAGAACCUGAAUGACGCCUACGGGCCGCCCAGCAACUUCCUCGAGAUCGACGUGAGCAACCCGCAGACUGUGGGGGUCGGGCGGAGCCGCUUCACCACCUACGAGAUCCGGGUCAAGACAAACCUGCCUAUUUUCAAGCUGAAGGAAUCUACCGUUCGAAGAAGAUACAGCGACUUCGAGUGGUUGCGGAGUGAAUUGGAGAGAGAGAGCAAGGUUGUAGUUCCCCCGCUCCCUGGGAAGGCUUUUUUGCGUCAACUUCCUUUUAGAGGAGAUGAUGGAAUAUUUGAUGACAGUUUUAUUGAAGAAAGGAAGCAAGGGCUGGAGCAGUUUAUAAACAAGGUCGCUGGUCAUCCUCUGGCACAGAAUGAACGUUGUCUUCACAUGUUUUUACAGGAUGAAAUUAUAGAUAAAAGCUAUACUCCAUCUAAAAUAAGACAUGCCUGAAAUUUGGUGAAAGGGCCAA